AUGGCAGCAGGUGACUACGAAUGCUCUCGCCCAAACCACAAAGUCAAUAAUGUGAAAUCAUCGAAUGAUGAUUCGUUGGAUCAUGAGGAGGAUUGGGUAUUCUCUGUACAAGCCAAACCUCAGAGACCUGUUCAGUGUCGCAUGACAGUCGCGGACUGUGACGUCAUCUUCACCAUCGAUCCUGGAGCUUCUGUGAAUGUUUUACCUGUGACUGUAGUUCAAGACAAGAUUGGUGAACUCCAACCCACAACCAAGAAUCUCAAGAUGUGGAACAACUCCGACGUUACUCCACUUGGGUCAAUACGACUCUCUGUAAGCAACCCAGCUAAUAUGAAGAAAUACAAUGUCGAAUUCACAAUUGUCGAGGAUGAGUUGACCCCUCUUCUUGGUGUACGUGCAGCUACACAGAUGGGACUUGUGUCGUUCAAUGAGAAUAACAUUGAGCGAGUGUCUUACGUGCAAAUUGAGGACAACUACAAAGAUGUUCUUCAAGGGAUUUUAGGUAGUUUUGACGGCACCGUCCAUCUCUCUGUGGAUGACACUGUGACCCCUGUUGUCAUGCCCUCUCGUCGUGUGCCGAUUACUCUCCGUCCGAAACUGAAAGCUGAACUGGAUCGUAUGCAGAAACUUGGUGUAAUUGCUCCGGUCAGUCAGCCCACUCCAUGGGUAAGCCAAAUCGCCAUUACUCAAAAGCGCUCAGGUGAUCUCAGGAUUUGUCUUGACCCACAAGAACUCAAUAAAGCACUCCAACGGGAACACUAUACUCUUCCCAUUCUUGAGGACACUCUCCAUGAACUCGGACAGUCUCGUGUCUUCUCCAAAGCCGAUCUCUCAUCUGGAUACUGGCAUUGUGUACUCGAUGAAGAAUCCAGCUUCAUCACUACUUUCCAAACCUGUUUCGGGAGGUACAGGUGGCUUAGGCUCCCUUUUGGAUUGAAUGUCUCAUCUGAGAUAUUCCAACGCAAACUCACUGAAGCGUUAGAUGGUCUACCUGGCGUAGUGUGCAUCGCCGACGACGUACUCAUACAUGGAAAAGAUGUCAAUCACCAUGAUGAGAACCUCAAGCAGUUUCUUACUCGAUGUCGAGAAAAGAACAUUCGACUUAACCCCAACAAGUUAGAGCUCAGACUCAGUGAAAUCACAUUCAUGGGUCAUGUGAUCACGAAAGACGGACUCAAGUCGGAUCCAGAGAAGGUCAGGGCCAUACAUGACAUGCCUGUCCCUUCCAACACUGAGGAACUACGUCGCUUCCUUGGGCUAGUGAACUAUCUAGCCAAAUUUCUCCCAAACCUGACUGAAGUCACAACUCCAAUGCGCAACCUCACGAAGAAGGAUGUACCCUGGACAUGGUCCAAGUCUCAACAAGACUCCUUCGACAAGGUCAAGUUUCUAGUCUCAUCUACUCCUGUAUUGUCAUUCUAUGACCCAGCAAAACCAGCAACUCUUGAGAAUGACGUCUGUGAACAUGGACUUGGUUCUGUGCUGUUACAGGAAGGCCGUCCUGUCGCAUAUGCUAGUCACUCUUUAACUGAUGCAGAAAGGCGUUAUGCGCAAAUUGAGAAAGAACUACUUGCAGUAGUCUUCGGCCUACAGAAAUUCCAUCACUAUACUUAUGGCCGACAUGUGUCUGUCAUCACAGAUCACAAGCCUCUUGUCGCCAUAUAUCAACCAGGAACCACUAUUCCAAUUGCGGAUACUCUCUCUCGAGCUCCUCUACCUGACAAGACACAGCUAGAGCCUGUACAGGUGAACAGUGUGAUGUACACAAACAUCACAGACCACAGCCUUGAUCAGAUCAAAGCAGCUACUUUGACUGACGACAUACUCUCUCAACUCAAGACCGUCAUUGUGCAAGGCUGGCCUGAUAUCAAGAAUGAUCUCUCGCCUGAACUGAGGACCUACUUCAGUUAUCGUGAUGAACUGACUGUGCAUGAUGGUCUCCUUCUCCGUGGAUCACGCGUUGUGAUUCCUGCCUCAAUGCGUGAAGAGCUGAAGAGAAAACUUCAUGUGGGACACAUGGGAAUCAACUCUUGUCUCCGACGUGCUAAGAGUACAGUUUUCUGGCCCCUGAUGUCAAGUGACAUCAGACAGUACAUAGAAUCUUGUGACAUAUGCCAGAAGUUUUGUGACAAGCAUUCUCCUGAACCACUCUACAUGCAUGAAAUUCCUGAUCACCCCCUGGGAAAAAGUUGGAAGUGA